AUGGGCGCCAAACACACCAAAGUGCCCCUCAGCUCCAUCAAGGCGCUUACCCUCCAUGACGGGAGGCUCACGACGCACCGCCGCGGCAAGGCUGUCCCCCAGCUCUCGUGUACCGGCAAGCUGUGCGGGUACGCGCCCGACGUAGUGCAGUGCACGAACGUCGGCGACGACGGCACCGGCUCGCAGUGGAAGUGCGACGCCGACCUUCCCUCGGGCAUCAAGUUUGGCAAUCUCGAGGUCGUGUGCUCCUGCGCUCUCGACUACGAGCUCGUCCCGGCCGACAACCGCGCGUGGCCCGGGCGUAGCGACAACAACAACUGGUUCAAGUCCUCGACCUCGGGCAACAACAAGCCGUCGGCGACCGACUUUCUCUUCAAUCUCCUCUUUUACGGUGUCUUUGCGUUCAUGCUGUACAAGAUCCUCAAGGCCGCGUACGCGGCGUUCCGCGCCGCCCCGCGCCCGUGGUCGUCCGGGCGCGGCAACGGCGGCGGGUGGUGGCCUGGAGGCGGCGGCGGAGGGUGGUGGCCUGGAGGAUGGGGUCCUGGAGGCGGCGGUGGGCCAUACUCGAGUGGAUGGGGCGGCCCUCCCCCACCAUACACCAAGACGACCGACGCAUCGACUCCCGGGUUCUGGACCGGCGUGGCUACCGGCGCGCUCGGCUCGGCGCUGUUCAACAGCCCGCGCCGUGAACCCGAGGUGGUCUAUGUCCGCACCCCGACGGCCCCCGUCCAGCAGGCGAGGAACAACACGCCCCGCUGGGACGAUGAGCCGGGCCCAUCCCGCCGUGCGACCGGGUACGGCGGCUCGCGCACCAGGUAG